AUCGAGUAACUACUAGUACUGAGAGUCAAUUAGCUUCUCUUCUCCAGUUCUCCCAAGCGACGAGUGAACGAGUGACGGAGCAGCGGAGCUGCAGAGUUUUGAGCAUUAAAGCCAAAGCUGCAGAGUUUUGAGUAUUAAAGCCGAAGCUGCGGACGAGUGGCGGAGCACUCAAGAACGGCAGAAUACUUCGAGCUAGAGCUGCGGACGAGUGACGAAGACGCAUUGAAGAAGCACGGAGCCGGACGAACUCAAUCAUUUGCUAAAGCUUCUCAAUCCUGGGUUUAAGCUUUAUCCAUCGUACCAGCAAUUGGCGAGCUUUCACUUGCUGCGUGCUUGCUUGCUUGCCUGCAUAAAAAAACAAACAGUAACAAGGUACGUAAAAUUUCUGAAAGAUGAGAAAGCUGAAGUUUCAUGAGAAGAAGCUGGUGAAAAAGGCGAACUUUCUAGAAUGGAAGAGGGAACAUGGGCACCGAGAAGCUCUGGUCUUGCGUCGCUACCGCGUCACAGGGAGAGACGACUACAAGAAGUAUUCGGGAUUGUGUAGAAUGACACAGAAGCUGGUGAAUAUUUUGAAGCAGAUGGACGCGAGAGAUCCUUUUCGGAUUGAGAUGACUGAUGCCCUUCUAGAAAAGCUGUACAACAUCGGUGUUAUAUCAGAAAGGAAAAGUUUAGCAUUGUGUGAAAAAUUAUCAGUGUCAUCUUUCUGCCGACGUAGACUCUCCACUGUCUUGGUGAGGCUGAAGUUUGCUGAACACUUGAAGGAAGCUGUGACAUAUAUAGAACAGGGGCAUGUUCGAGUUGGACCAGAUACUAUUACCGAUCCAGCAUAUCUAGUUACCAGAAACAUGGAAGACUUUAUUACAUGGGUAGACACGUCAAAGAUUAGAAGAAAGGUCUUGGAGUACAAUGAUAAGUUGGAUGACUAUGAUGCAAUGAACUGAUUCAGUCAUGUAACUGAUAUUAGAUUUGUGUUUUCCUUUUUAUUUUCAUCUUUGGACACAAUCUAAUGCGUUUUUAUUUAUUACAGAGUUGUAUUUAUUUUUAAAUAUUUGCUAGUUUACCUUAUCUGAGCUGUUUCCUUAAAUACAGAACCUUGCUGAUCAUUC